GUAAAAGUCAUAUGAAAUGUGAAUGUAUUUUGAGAUUUAAAUUGUGAUUAAAUUAACUGUAAUUGUAUUCAUCACUCAAUUCAUCCAGCAAUUGAUUGCCAUUGAAAUCACCAAAAAUCAGAUCCAAUCUAAUAUAAAAUAAUUUAUUGAAAUAUUAAAUAUAAGAAAUGGUUUACUAUUUCCUGAACCGUAUUUUACCCGCAAUUAAAUGUACCAAAUCAUCGCUGCAUGUGUUGAGUCCAUCCGUGUCUUUACCGCAUACUUCUGGAUGUGUGCAGACGUUAUCCAAAAGACAUUAUUCAUCGGAUAAUGCACCGGCAGACUUGGUUGUGAUCGGCUCCGGACCGGGAGGUUAUGUGGCCGCCAUCAAAGCCUCUCAAUUGGGAAUGAAGGCAUGUAUUACCUCUUAA